GGACUGCGUUGCGUGACGUCAUCGCCCUGCGGCCGGCGCGCCCGUAUUUGCGCGAAUUUCCCAAGAACUGCAGAGGACCAGAGCCAUAAUGUCAGUAACUCGUUCAUCUGUCCAUGCCAAGUGGAUCGUGGGGAAAGUGAUUGGGACAGCAAUGCAAAAAACUGCUAAAGUGAGAGUGACCAGGCUUGUUCUGAAUCCCUAUUUAUUAAAGUAUUUUAAUAAGAGAAAAACCUACUUUGCCCACGAUGCCCUUCAGCAGUGUACAGUCGGGGAUAUCGUGCUUCUCAAAGCUUUACCUGUUCCACGAACAAAGCACGUGAAACAUGAACUGGCUGAGAUCGUUUUCAAAGUUGGAAAAGUCAUAGAUCCAGUGACAGGAAGACCCUGUGCUGGAACUACCUACCUGGAGAGCCCAAUCAGCUCGGAAACCACCCACCUAACCAAAACUCUAGAAGAACUCAAUAUUUCUUCAACACAUGAAGGAGGAUUGGAAGGAACCAAAGGGAAAGACUGACAUGUUCACUUUAUGGGAAAAGAAAAUGUUCUCAGUUUUAUCAUAAACUACCCAGUUACUCUUGUGGUAUAUUAUUAAUUAACUAAAAUUAAAUGAAGAACCUGUUAUAAUUUUU